AUGGCAUACGUCAACCUCCUCGUCUAUCUCAUUAUGUGUCCCUUCAAUGUAAGGCACAUGUUGGAUGCCCCCAGCUUCCCAUUCCGGUUAGGAAGCAAAGCAACAAAGGGUGAAACAUUUACGUAUGGAGCGAUUGGAAGGGAGAAUCUGGGGAGGAGUUCCUCUCCCCGACAUGAUGAACUGUACAUGUUGGAGCUAGCCAAAAUAUACUAUCAAAUUGUGUUAAAAUAUAAGAUGGAUAUUAGACAAGGACAGGAAGAGAAUUACGAUUUGGUGGUAAGCUCCUUUGGGAAGGAAGCCAACAAGGGGAUCUCCCUCCAAACAGUCCACGUCACAAAUGAUGCCAUCUACCUGUUAUACCAGAAUGUGCAAAACGAACGUGAGAUCCAAGUUAAGAUAAAAAGGGGUGAAAUAUCUACCUAUUUCGACCUCCUAAAGUUGAACUCUUGUUUGUACAAGCUCAACUCAGACGAUUACAAUUUAAUGAAAAGAGCAUCCGAUCAUAGUAAGCCAAUAAUGAUCAGCACAUACCACAUAUACAUACUUCUGACAGUGUUUUCUCUUUGCACAUACGUAGAGAAGAGUCUACUGCUUGAAUUCCCAGCGUUGAAAAAGUGUCAAGUAUUUCUAACCCUAUGUUUGAUAUUUUUCCCAAUAAUUAGUUACCUUUUUUUUUUUUAUAUUUAUGUGAGCAUAUUUGGAGUAUUACUCACCUAUGUGUUUUUUUACGCUCUCUUUUGGACCCUCUCUUGUAGAAGGAGAAGGGAACAGUUGAGUCAGCAUACGGGUGAUUGGACAACCAGUUGUGAUAACUCACAAGGAGAACUCGACACGCAAGAAGAAAGACGUAAGAAGUGUUUAGUCCAUAUGAGACUAGCUAAUCUAUGCAUUACCUACAUAUGCAUAUUCGCUGUGGAUUUUUAUUUUUUCCCAAAACAAUUUUCCAAGUCUUUUUUUUUUGGUAACACUUUGAUGGAUUUAGGGGUCGGGGGGUGCAUCACGUCAAGCGCGUAUUCUCUGAACAGCAAUAAACUCCUUCACUCUGCCAAUCGCAGGGGACGUAUAAUCGAUUGGAAGCACUUCUUUUUGUUUUUCUUGGGAAUAGCUAGAUACAUUGCAGUGAAAUUAUUUAAUUAUAAUUACAGCUUAACUGAGUAUGGGAUGCAUUGGAAUUUUUUUCUCACUCUCUUUUUUACACUCCUAAUUUGUAACGCCCUACUUAACUUGAUAAAAGGGGUUAGGCAUGUCUUUCUCCUUAGCUGUUUUUUUAUCUGUGUGUAUGAAUUUUUUAUUUGGCGUCUAGACAUUCCAAGUUACUUACUGGCAGAUGAUACAGAACGGACGAACUUUUUUUCCUUGAACAGAGAGGGCCUUAUGAACGUGAUUGGGUCCGUCAAUCUGUACCUCUUUUCGUUUUCGCUAUGGAAUGGGUAUGUGCUGCAGGAUGAGGUGCAGCGGGGGAAGAGAGAGCAGCGGGGGAACACAGAACAGUGGGAGGGGGGAUAUGGCCAGCGCUCCCCAGCUUGCCUCACCCUAAAAUUGCUUGCCCUGUCCCUCCUGUUCUACCUGCUGCACCUCCUUUUGAAUUACUACGGAAACUACAGUGUGCGCAUUUUGUGCAACGCGAACUAUAUAUGCGUUAUCUCCUCCGUGAGUCUGUUCGCGGCUGCCCUGAGCUACCUC